AUGGAACGAAAGCAUUGGAUUCUGAUACCCUUAGUGCUAGUUGGAGUGUUUUGGUACUGGAUACCGCAAGUGUCGGCAGAGUGUCAAACUCGAUCGAUCUAUUGCUACGAAUGCGACAGUUGGACGGAUGCCCGUUGCAAGGACCCAUUUAACUACACGGCAUUACCACGAGAUCAGCCCCCGUUGAUGACAUGCAAUGGGUGUUGCGUCAAAAUGGUGCGACACUCGCGGACGCCUUAUGAAGUUGUAAGACGAAUGUGCACGUCUCAAUUACAGAUAAACUUGUUCAUGGUAGAUCACGUGUGUAUGAUGGAAAGUUCAGGCAAUGGUCAUAUGUGUUUUUGUGAGGAAGAUAUGUGUAAUUCAAGCCCUAGCAUACUCAUUACCAAACAUCUAAACGUUAAGAUGUGUAUCGGUAGCGUUCUAGCAGUGUAUCUGCUAAACACGGCACGAAGGGUGUUGCGGUAA